ACCAUAGCAACAAAGGCGAGUCUACUGUCUACGCAUCUAACGCACCAGAUUAAACAGUAAAAAAAGAAAAAACUGUUAGUUAUCUUUUCCUCAAAAAGAAAAGAGUUGCUUGUCUUUUGAUCUCCUGAGUCUUGACAGACUGAUAACUAAUAGACACGACAGAAAAAAAAAAAAAGAAAAAAAGAAAAAUGUGUUACGGUCACCGACGUUCCUUAUCACCAGACGACCUGAUCCCUAGUCGAAACCGCCGACCUCAAAACGACAACGAGAACAACAACGCAUCCGUCGUAGAAGAUCUUCGAGACCGGCUCGCGGAGACCGAGGCUCGGCUAGAGCGAGCGAGAGCUCGAGAAGCCGAGCUGAGUCGACGAUUAGAGGAGAUGAAGCGGUUUGUCUCCGUUAUGGAGAUCCUUGAGACUUACCUGAAACGGAGAUAUCGCGAGCAGCAAGAACACGUGGCUCGCUUUUUCUCUUCUUUGCCAGCUACGUAGCGCCUUGUGGUUUUUCUCCCAAUAGAUACCGCUGUUUGUUUAUACUUAUUUUCUUUUUGGGGGUGGAAUGGAAUCAAUAUUGGGUUUUUUUUUUUGGCUAACUGAUGGUGUGAUGUUGUCAUGUGUUUGAUAGUUUUAUAUGAAAUUAUCAUUACUGUCAAUCAAUGAUAUGAAAUUAUAGUAAUUUUAGCAGCUCCUGAUGACAUGAAAUUGCAGUUCUGUAAUUUUAUCAUUUGUUUGUGUUUUAUAAAAUGCUAGAGGGAAACAUGAUUCUUCGAGUCCAUCGUUUAUAAUUGUACUGUAUCAAACAUAGUGAUGCAAGAAGAGCAAAAUUGCUUCAUUUGAAGAACAACGGAAAAUUGGGGAUAUUGUUACAGCGUGAUGCUACUAUGGGGUUUUUGUUGGGUUAGGAAAGUUUAUUUUAAUGGAGUGCUUAAUCACUUGAAGAAACUGAUAUCCAGGCACUGAGUAGUUUCAUUGAUUUCAAGUAGCUUGCGAGUUGGCUGAGCUCGACACGUAGCCAUUGAUUACAUUGGCUUGUGGAAUUGGUAUUGGGGAGUGGGGAGUACUUCGGGUGAGAUUCAGUUCUUAUAUGACCGUGAGCUAGAUUUUAUGAGUUAGGACAAUUACAGGAAGUCCUACAUUAACUAGGAUUCCUUGAAUUUCUGCUGAUAUCUUGUCUUUAACUCAUAACGCACCCAGAGAUUAGAGACUCUGCAGUUUCACAAUGGCAGGAAGGCCUGUUGCUACUUUGUUUAAGAGAACAAUGAAUCCUUAGAUUUUGCAUUUUGACAGAAGAAUUUUGCCACCGAGUACACCCUUCAUUGCCAUUGUCUUGAAAUGUGACUGAUUAGAUCAGAAAACUGAUGCAAGAAUAAUCCAUUCUGAGUCAUAUCAUAAGUCUUUAGCAUGCUGCAAAUCUCCGACUGUAUCUUAGCCUUCCCUUGUUGUGGAGGGAUUAUGAGUUGAAGCGUUCAUUGAACUUGGAAGGCCUUUUUAUUAUGCAGGAUGAGAUUACAUGAGCAAACAUAUGCAGAAAGAGACUCAUAAAGCCUCGCACUAGAAUCAUAUCAGAGACAGUGAGACCAUAAUGCCGCAGCUGGUUAAUUUGGCGAUUGAUUUUCCAUGAUUGUUAUCAUCCCCAUAUGGGAGGCUGCAUCAGCUUCAAAGAAUGCUCAAGCAGGAGUGUGGGAAUGAAUAGUGAGUACCCCUAUCUCCAUGUGUGUGAUUACAAUUCGCAAGUUAUGACGAUCCUCCAGAAUGCAUUGAGCCUCAACUCAAUUGUUCAACACUAGCAUGAAGUCUUCACACAAUGUAGAACAUGAACUUCCAGUAGAAUUCUGGGCCUAAAGGGCGAGGACUACAGGCUAUUUCUUGUUUACCCAAAAGGAAAAAUGAACAGGAUAAUUCUGAAGUAAAGGCCCAAAAAUAUAUACGCUCGCCCAUAUAUGAGUCACACGAUAGCCAAUUUGGCUUUAUCAGUCAAUUUACUUCUUGUGAAAAGAUUUGUAAUCAGUUUUUUAAUUGUCAAAUUAGUAGAUGAAGUUGAUUUCAUCA